AUGUCUCGCGAAGCCUACCAAGUUCCCUCGCUCGGCUCCAACGGAGGCGUUGGCGGUCAAUCUGGGUUCGCUACCACUGAAAGCCCCGCCGCUGUUCGCUAUAUCUGCGGUGACUGUGACUCAAAAUUUGCGCUACAGCAGAACUCUGCUCUUCGAUGCCCGGAGUGCGGACAUCGCAUAUUGUACAAGGAGCGGACAAAGAGGAUGGUGCAAUUCGAAGCGCGGUAA